UAUAUAAAUAAUCAAAUGAGGAGAGAUUGUGAAAAGCGCAGAGAGAUAGAAGCAGAAGCAAGCAGCAGCUGCCCCCCAAAGCAGAAGCUGAAAGAAAAGCGAGGAAUGACAACACCCUUGCAUUUGAGGCUCUUCCUGCCUCUCACCUCCAUUACUCCCUAUUCUUCUUCUUCUUCUUCCUCCUCAGACUUCCCCUGCAAGUCCUUCAAAUCCUUUCACUCUGCAAGCCCUAAUUUCAACCUUUCUUCCCUCUCAUCUCACAACCACACAUGUGCUCGAAACAAGACAUCCACUCGCUCCAAACCCAAGUGGCUUUGCGGACACUUGAGAAGAGAUCAAGACAUAGGUAGUCGAUCAAAUGAAGACGCGAGCGCGACUGGUGCGAGUAUGUUUGGUUCGGAUGAAGAAGGAGGUACCCAAAUCCCAACCCAGGCUCAAUCUGUUGUCGAAGGAUCGGGGGCAGUUAUGGUUUCAGAGUAUAGACCUGUGGACGAUGUGGAUUAUCUCCAGGAGUUAUUAGCCAUUCAGCAACAAGGGCCCAGAGCCAUUGGUUUCUUUGGGACCCGGAAUAUGGGAUUCAUGCAUCAAGAACUUGUUGAGAUUCUCAGCUAUGCGAUGGUGAUCACUAAAAAUCACAUAUAUACAUCAGGGGCAUCCGGCACUAAUGCAGCUGUCAUCAGGGGUGCUUUAAGAGCAGAGAAACCAGAGCUGCUUACCGUAAUCUUGCCCCAGAGCUUGAAGAAGCAACCACCUGAGAGCCAGGAAUUAUUGUCAAAAGUCAAGAAUGUGAUAGAAAAGCCUCAAAAUGAUCAUCUACCACUGAUAGAAGCGAGCAGGUUGUGCAACAUGAACAUCAUUUCACAUGUACAGCAAGUUAUAUGCUUUGCGUUUCACGACAGUAGAUUGCUCAUGGAAACUUGUCAAGAGGCCAAAAAUCUCCGCAAAAUUGUGACUCUCUUCUACCUGGAUUAAGCACCCCCUUCCCUUGUUCAUGCUGUCCAUACAUUUUGAGUGAGUGAGGGGGAGAGAGCGCUUCUAUUUCUGUUUGUAUAAAAUUAGAUGGAAGCGACCAAAUAUCAAUGAAGUAGCUUGGAAGUUGAUUAAUUUUGCUCAUUCUGUCAUUUUUUUGGCCGAAGCCUGAGGUAUCCCACACCGUGAAGGAUAGGGCUAGUCCCUAGCAGGGUCCGGAAAGAUUAAAGGCAUUUUAGUCCACCCUUGGCCACAAUCAAAUUGUUCAGUCCGUGAUUGGAAGCGCUGUAUUUUGUUAGUAUAUAUUUUUAUUUUGGUUUAUGGUUAAAAGAUUAAAUAAUAAAUAUUUAUGGGACUCGAUAAAUGGAUAUAUACCAUUUUCAAAUGAUUUAUAAAAUUCUCCCUUAUCGUGUAA